UUCAACUCAUAAACAAAAUAGCGAUGGUAAAGUAGGACUUUGGAUCGAUGCUGAUCUGCAACAAGGCCAUUCCGAACGAUGUGAUACCUUUGACAAUGAUAUCCUGUCAUCGUCUCCAGAGUUCGAUUGUAUAGGAUUUGAAGUAUGGGGGUUUAAAAAUUAA